CUCCUGAGCAUCCUUUGGGUCAGGGUGGAUGGCCGCCCACCCACCUGCUACCUCCUGGUCCUCCACCUCCUGCAGCUGGGUCUCUGGAAGCGGUACUGGGAUCUUUUGUCGAUGGCGGCAAAGAUGGGCAGCAGUGCCUGUGCCGGGGAGGUGCUGAUGCAGCACGGGGAUGUGUGUGUGCUGCGGCUCCUGGAAGCCCUGCUGCAGACCCUGCCUCACCUCCUGCUGCAAGCCUACAUCGUCGUGGCAGUCGACCCAGUGGGCUUCAUCCCUGGUCUCAGCGUGGGGCUGUCCCUGCUCUCCCUCGCCUGGGCUUUGGUCUCCUACAGCCACUUCGCCUGCCUGCUAAAACCCGGUCACCUCCGCCCGCCGGCUGCGGCCAUCCUCUGCCUGCUGCUCUGGAGGACGGGGAUGCUGGGGACCAGGGUCCUGGCCCUGGUGCUCUUUGCCAGGCUGUAUUCCUUUUGGGUUUUUGCUGUGGCUGGUAUCCACUGGUUGCUCAUGUCCUUCUGGCUGGUGGCCCAGCAGACAGACAUUGUGACCCAGCCUUGCCACUGGAGGCUGUUCAAUUGCCUGGUGGGAGCUGUGUACAUCUUCUGCUACAUUAAUGUCCGACCUGGUCCCUCCAAGCACAGAGUGACCACAUUUUAUGCAAUAAUGCUGAUGGAAAACACCCUCCUCCUGCUGCUGGCCACCCGCUUUCUGCAGGCAGAGCUGAGGAGCAGCCUGUGCGUGACCGGGGCCGUCAUGUCAGCGUCUCUAAUAGGUGCCGCAGCUCUGGUGUUUUAUUACAGCCUGCUCCAUCCCAAGUCCACAGAGAUCUGGCAGGGCUUCCUGGAGACAACCUGCAGUGCUGCAGCUGCUGGUGAUGAUGAGGUUGCUGGAGAUGGCUCCCAAGAAGGGCAGAAUUUGGGAAUUCCAGGAGAUGGAGAGUCCUUGGCAGGGGAAGGGACCAUGACAGAUCCCAAAAAUGGGAAGAGCUCAUCACUCCUGCAAUUCCAAGGGUGUUUGGAGGACAGCUGGACAAACCAUCACCACUGGCUGCUGGUAAAGCUGGCCUUGAAGACAGGAGAUAUAUCCAUGAUCAAUGCAGCUUUUGGAGAUGGUGGCGUGGGAGAGGUUUACCCUGGAGAGCGGAGGAUGGGGAAACCUGCCGGUGUUGAGCCUGGGGCAAACCUUUCCCUCCCUACAAGGGAAAUCCAUCUUCAAGGUAUUGAAUCUGGUCUGACUGAUGAGAAAUUGCAGGCGGCAGGGAACGGAGAAGGCAGCAAACCCAGCGCCGGCACUGCAAGAACGGCACGGGAGGAUGGAGCAGGGCAGGAUCCUGUUUUUCCCCCGGCCAUAUCCUUUCCCAGCAGCUUCUCCCCGGAUUUGGCUGAGGGCUCCUCUGUGUAUUUCAGUGCGAGCGCGGGGAACAUCUCCUCACCUGGUGUGGGGACAGCCACAGCUCCAUGCAUGGCCCUGGUGCCAAGGGACGGCAAAGCCCAACCUCCUCCAGGCUGCCUGGGAGGAGGAGGAGGAGGGGAUUUAUCCCUUGAGAUGGUGAGCAUCAGCCCAAUCCUGGGCGCUUGUGCCCACAAGCAUCUGCAGAGCAGCUCUUCCCUCGGUGGCUCAGGUGACUGUGGGGUGACUGGUGCCCCCAAAGAGGACUCGGGGCCCGCGGGGCCGGAGGGUGCCCUCGUGGGAUGGAAUCGCCUUUGGGACACCCACCCUUGUGGCACGCAGGGGACUGUCGUGGGAAGCAAGCUGAGGCCACCGUGCUUCACCUCCACCCCCAAGGCCAACCCUGGAUGCCAACAGCAAGAACUGGGGGAGCUGGGAGAGGGGACAGACCUGUCGGGGUUACUGGAGUGA